GGAAGUUGAUUUCUUUUAUUGAAAUGUUAGAUCAGGUUUGUAACUAAAAACAAAAUGAAACACAACACAACAAAAAAACCCCAAACCUCAGAUGUAGGAAAUAGUAAAUUUUCAUUUGCAUUUAAUUGUCAUCUCAGCUGAUGUAACUCUGACUAGAAGCCUUUUGCAUUGCUGUUUAAUCAAAACCAUGGGUGAAUGAAGCUAUGUUAAGCCAGUUAUGACUGCUAGUUUGAGUAUGAGACCUCUGCAUGGGCCGGAGGAACUCGUAUUUUACAAAUAACAUAUUAUUUAUUAUCAUAUAAUUCUUAUAUAUAAAUUUGAGUAAGUAAUUUGAUUUAGGUUAUUGUGACAGUGUUAAUUGUCAACUUAACAGAAUCUAGAGUCACACAAGAAAUGGGCCUUUUGGCAUGCCUAUAGGGGGUUAUUUGACAUGGAAAGUCCCAUGUUCAUUGUAGGUAGUAGUCCCACGCUCCCUGAGCAGGGAGUCCUGGCCUGUGUAAUAUGGAUAAGGCAAGCCGCUCACUACCAUGUGUUUACUGUUGGGGGCUCUUAAUCAUGGAUGAAUUGUGACCAGCUCCCUCAAGGUCCUGCCAUUGUGAGAAAGUGGAACCCUGAAUUUUAAGCCAAAAUAAACCCUCUCCUUCUUAGGUUGCUUCUGUCAGCAUAGAGAAACUAAGAGAGAUGUGAAGGGCAGAUAUAUCAGGAGCAGGAGCCCAAAAGGAGAAAUGGACUUUUUCUUGGGAGCUUCUGGCUUUCAGGUUCAGUAGAUCACCUGAUAUGUGACUGAGUUUUUCAUGAAUGUUUGUGUGUAGGGGGGGGGAUGAGGGGAGUAAAGGACUUGGGUUAGGCUGCAGAGAGGCAGACAGUAAAGAGGCCUGUGUCUGCCACACACACUGGGCACAUUUCUAUGCUUUCAGAUUUGUAUGUCUAAUGACACUUGACAUCUGGCUGACGAAGUCAAUUUGACAAGAACAAGGGGCUGUGAUUGUGUUCAACUGAAUCUUGAUGUAGUUUCAAAGCUUGAAGAUCUAAAAAAGUUGGAAGGACUGAAGUUGGUUUUGCUUUCCCAGCUAUAUUUUCCUCCUUGAUCUCCAUGGUAAUGCUAGCCAUGAUUUUACUGCCUUUGUUUCUUUUUUUCCCCCUUUACAUGUUCUUAUUGCUUGUUUACUUAAGUAAUGGUAGUUUCCUCCACAAGAACAAAGACUUUGCCUCUCUUGACUACUGAUUCAUCCUCUUAUGUCUGUGAUGGUGAAUACCACUGUCUCUCUUCGAAUGCAGACAAAAUAUUGAACAAAUAAAUUACUUUGGUAUGGUUAUGUGUCACUCCAUUUUGUGGCCUUGUUGUUUGCUUUUUUUUUUUUAAGCUGAGUUCUCUACUAGCUUGUGGAUUCAUCAGUGAUUUAAGCCUUAACUUGGUGCCCUUUGUUGACACUCAGCAGAGGACACAUUUGGAAGCAGUGAGUGAGUAUUGAGUCUUGUCAAUAGGCUCUUACUUACAAAGGCAUGUGAAUGGACCACCUUGCUCACUGUCCUACACAUUGCAGAGAAGUAGCCAUGGCUUAGAUGACUACAAGGAAUGAAUAGUGACUGCUGUAAUCCCAAGAGGGGUGGAGGCAUGGGGCACGGUGUGAUACAUUUCUGUUCCCACCCCUGUUUUAUUAACACCAGUUAGAUGCUAUAUGUUCUAAUGGAGGCUGUCCUAAAUAAUGAAAUUCUAUUUUCAAUGAGUGAAUUUUUCUAUCAUCUGUUUUACAUGGGAGAUAAAGAUCAUGAUCUAAGAAACCUUCUGGUAUUGCCUUUCUAUUCCUCCUCCUUUUCAUUUAUUUAUUUUUGAAAUUUAUUUUGAAAUUUAAAUGAUGGUCUGUGCCUGGAAUCUUGUACCAAGGCAGGAGGAUUUCAAAAAUAAGAAAAGUACCACCUUUAGGAUCAAGGAAAUGGUUAUCUACAAACUGGAUAAGUAACAAAAAGAUUGUCCUAACUUAAACUUAAACUUGAGCUUGUUGGUUACAUAGUUUCCAUUUAGCUCAUGUUGCCUUGUGGGGUUAACCUUGUGGACUGAAAACAACCAUUCCCGAGUUCUUAAACAACAUACUUUACUCUUGCCAGUUUGGAGCUCUUUCCCUCCUGAUAUGCUUAUGUUUAUAAACGACCAUGUGAUAUAGAUGCACCACACAGAUUAGAAGCCUAAGUCCAUUGGUGAAGUUGUGAAAAUACUUUUACUUUCUGUCUUUAAAUGGGAUAGGAAAAUCAAGAGAGUCAGAGAAAUGCAGAGCCCGGCAUCCUUGGGCCACUGGACUAACAGCCUCAGUCACAUACUUCUGGGCUUAGUAAGAAAACAAACUCUUUCUCUUUGGGCAUGGUAUUCAGAUUGUCUGUGAUUUAAGGCAUUACAAAAAUUAUCCUAAACUAGAUGUAGAAUGUUUCUUGUGUUUCAGUGACUUAACUUUAAGAUCUUUCUAUUGGAUAUAAAAUAUUUUUAUCAUGGGGAAAAAUAAUUUUGUGUGUUCAUACCUGCCAUCUACUUUUAGCAUUAAUGUAUUUCAAUUCCACUACAUUUCUGAAGAUGUGCCUGCAACCACACCAAAGCAAUAUCCCUAUUCAGAAAAAGUAUAAUUAAAACUUGAGUACUGAAUGAAGAAAGAAACAAAAUAAAAGUGACUGGCACUUUGAUUCUUUUGUCAUGACAUAUGAAAGAAAAUUCACCAAAGUUGACCAACUACUCUCACAAUUUCUGGCUCAGUUUCAGUGUUUUGCUACAUGCAUAACUGAAUUCAAUCAGCAUCUUUAAAAAAUUAUCAUCUGUGCCAAGAAGAUGACUCAGUUUAUAACCUGCUUACCAUGCAAGCAUGAAGACUUGGGUUUUAACCCAGAAUCCACACAAAGAGCUGGCAUGGAGCUGCCUAUCUAUAAUCUCAGUGCUGGGGAGGCAGAGACAGUUGGUUCCCCAAGCUUUUUAGAAAGCCAGUCUAGCUGAAUCAGUGAGCUCUGGGAUCAAUGAGAGAGUGUGCCUCAAAAAAUAAGGUGGAGAGUGAUUAAGGGAAAUAUUGGACAUGGACUCCAUAUGUGUGUGUACAUGAAGAAACACAUACACACUCACAUUCAGUAAUACCCCCUCCACGCACACACAUAUGCACACACACAAACACGUGUAUACUCACGAGCAUAUGUGUACUCAGACACGUAUAGCAUUAUUAUUUGGGUGUUUGGCACCAAGACUGACAGCAAAUUGACACAAUCCCCACUCAAAGACAUUCACGUUCUGGAAGGAAUGGGAAGGUCGGGGAGGGAGGCAGACAUACUUGUGUAGGUAGAAGAAGCAGGACUAAAACUGCAUAGAAUCUUGAGCAGUGUAGAACUAAAUUCCUUAGACACAUAGGCGUUUAGGAAGAGGUUCUCAGUCUGGGAGUCCUGCUCAGGCUGUAAGAUGUUUCCUACAGAUUCACACAGAUGUGUCCUCAUUGGUUCAUUCACAUGUGUUUCUUCAGCACAGAAAUCUAUGCUUAUUCUUGGCUCCUGACUAUUUUUGAGGCUAUGAGUCCUACAUGUAGGUAGGUGUAGGUAGAGGUUUUAUAUUAUGUUUUAUUAAAUUAUCCUUUAGAAAAAGAAUCUUAUGGUUGAUGAAACCUUAGUCUCUUGUCACGUUGCCUUGUUAUGUAAAGCAAAAUUAAAAAAUAAAACAAAACUCCCUUAAGGGAUAGGUGUAAAGGUGCAUACCUUUAAUCAUAGCACUCAGGAGGCAGAGACAAGUUUAUCUCUGUGAGUUCAAGGCCAGCAGCUUGUACAUGAAGAGUUCUGGGCCAUCCAGAGCUCUACAGUGAGACUCUAUCUAAACAAUGAACUCACUUAAGUUAUGGUCUCCUUUGUAAACGAGGAGGCCAAGAGACAGGGCCAAUUCAAGAGUCAAUACCUGUACUAACUACUCUUGAAUUGCUGAACUCAUUGUAAUAGAUAAAAAUCAAGAUUGGACAGAGCUUCCAGUGUCCCUAUGAGCUUCUGGAAAGAAUGGACAAAAAUCUAAGUUCUCAUUGAAGUACAUAUAAGAGAAAACCACUACAACACCUAUUGCCACAGUUGUGGCAUCACAGCUCUCGUUAGCCAUUGAGGCAUCUUUACCUGGUUGGUUAGGAAGCCAAGAAUGAACUAUUCCUGUACCCCUGGGUAAUCUCUCCCUUUCACACCUUUUGGAAUUGAUGUCCAGUAUCAUCUGACUACCGCCCUACAACUUGUCCUUGUGAAUUGGAUGACACUUAAGAAGGAGUGACUCACCCACUUAACCCAAUGGGCCUUCCAGGAAAUUGUUCCUGUUUAUUACCAUUUCCAAAUGAUGGAGAAGCACAAAAUAAUGAGAGAGAAAUAAUUUUUUUUUUGCUAUCUGAUCCCAAGUGUUAAAGAAGCAUCCCAUUCUCAGAAGCUGCCCCAUCGUUUGCAAAUUUAAUGCACUGCUGAAGAUGCAAACUGUCCACAUAACUGCUCUUGAAUUUCAUUACAAUUAAUCGGAAGUCCCUUUUAAUGCCUUUGAAAAUUGCUUCAAGUGGCAAAAAUCAGAAAAUCUACCCAUGGGGCACAUUCAGCUAAUUGCAAUUUGCUUCUCAACUAGUCAUUCUUCUGCUGUAUGCUGCAACUUCAUAAAACUCAAGCAACCCUGGGUGAUGAGAACUAGACAAACCAGUCAUUCACCUAAGUGCAAAUUAUUUCAAAUGACCUUCCAUUUCUUCCGUAUUUCUUUCUUAAAAACUUAUGCAUAAGAGUAUUUUGCCUGUAUGUAUAUCUUCUGUAUAAGUUGCAUGGAUACAUGGAAGCCAGAAGAAGACAUCGGAGCUCUAUGGAACUGCAGUUACAGACUGUGAGAUCCAUGUGGGUGCUGGGAAUUAAACCCCUAAGUCCUCUGGAAGAGUAGCCAGUGUUUUUAGCUGAGGACCCAUCUCUCUAUCCCCACAAUCCAGAAUGGUGCUGUGGUGAACUGAGCUCGGAUGUAUGUUUCUCUGUCUAUCGACCCACUUUGUGCUCCCUUGCAGGUAUUGGGGAACAAACAUGGAAAUGAGGAUAAAGACAGCAAGAGGAAGAGUGAGUGAGUGAUAAGCCUGUAUGUGCACACCACUUAGUUAGGACAAAUAAACUACAGUGAACAAAGUUAGGUGGAGACAGAACCAUAGCCUGACACAUACCAGUUAAAUAACCCUAGAGAAACUGUAACAUAAUAAAACAGGUAAGAAGGAAGAUCAAAAUUAUGUUCUCCCUAGGAUUACAUGGGGCCACUUAGAGAAAAUGAUAUUUUGUAGUUGGUUAAGUGCCAACCACAUGUGAGCAGAGAAAUUCUAGUAGGGUAAGACAUUAUGAAGAUGACAACCCAUGUGUUUAAUAGAAGAUAAAGUUUUUACACACAUGGUUUGAUGGCAGUUUCCCCUAAUCUAGCUACAUAAGUUGGGAUGCCAUUUUCAUCUUGUACUUAUGAUGAUGACAGUCACAUUUGGGAUUAAAAAGUCAUACAUUUAAAAAAAAGUCAUACAUUUUUCCCAUCCAAAAAAAUCACUCCAAAUUUUCCUGAUAACUUGAGAAAUAUAAACUGUAUUAUAAGCUUGAUGGUGGUGGCAUACCAUACACCUUUAAUUCCAGCACUUGGGAGUCAGAGGUAGGCAGAUCUCUGAGUUGGAGGCCAACCUGGUCUACAGAGUGAGUUCCAGGACAUCCAGGGUUACAAACACAGAGAAACCCUGUCUCAAAAAACAAACAAAGACAACCACAAACACAAAAUAUAUUUACCAAAAUAGAGUAUGUGGUAGAUAGGAUCUUUGUCUAAACAAAAACAUUCAAAUGAUUGCUUAAUUUUUAAAAUACAAAUCGUUUAGUUAUAUUUAUGAGAAGUGUUUAAUUAGGAAUUCUCUUUUAGAGCAGAAGUAUAAAAGUUUUACUGAAACUCAAAGUUUCCAGUGUCCAGUAAUAAUGUUGAAAAGCAAAGAAAGUAUCUGAGCAGCCACCACUCGGUCUUAAAAUUUUUACUUUUGGAGACUCGUUUACUUCAUUGGGAAGAGCUGCUGAGGGCCACGGAGAUGGGAGAGCAAUGUCUCAUAACCUCAGUAUCUGAAGCAGAGAUGGCCAUUCAUCUAUCUCCACACUUACACGAAAGUGGAACACAAUAGCAGCCUUUACCUUCACUCCUUCCUAGGCCUUUGUUUCAGUGAAGCCAGAAUUGUCACUCUGUCUCUACAAAUGGAGUCUCUAACCUCUCUAUGCCGGAUUGUCAACAUCUUUUCUUCUCUUGUCUCAUGUCAGUGAAACCCCCAGAUGUCUUCAUUUCCUCAGUCUUUUCUCUUUACCAUGCUUCUUUGUUUCUAACUUGUUGGCACCCGAGUCCCUUGUAUCUUUAUUACUCCUCAUUGUCUUACCUCCUGAAUUUUAAGACCUACUUCAUGUCAUAAUGGCCAUUCUAUUUUGUUCCAGUCAGUCGAACACCUCAGGAGAACCAGAUAGACCCUGAUAUUUGUCACAAUUUUUACCACAUGUAACAUCUUCCCACUUGUUUUGUCUGUGAUUUCAUUCCAUGCUCAUGAAACCAUGAAGGAGAUUUUUGUUCAUUUUGUAAGCAAGAGGAUGGUCUCAUCAUAGGGAUUAAUCACAUCUCUUACAGUAUGGCAUCAGUUCAAAGAUACCAUCAAUUAUAGACACCUUGUUAUUUUCUAAAGUUAAAAAAGUUGCAAAUCUAAUUGCCAGAGUGCUGUCAGUUGACAGAUACAUUCUGAUCUCAGGCAUGUACAGAAAAGUUUUUCUGAGAAUCAGUGAGCUAUGACAAGCAAAAGACACACAGAUCAAACCCAGGAAAUUGGGAUGCAGAGAAUAAUUGCCAUAAUUAUGUUAACCUGCCUCAUAAAAACUAUUCAGGCAUAUGACAUAGCACACUAUAAAUUCAUGGUCUCAAUGCAUUAGCUGAGUCUUUACUUUUGAUUCUUAAUCUCUGUCUUCUUUCCCAGUCUUUCUUCCUGUUCUUGCCUACAAUGACUCCUGCAAAGCUCUUCUACUCUAUCUGAACUCUUUAUCUAACAUUUGCCUUCUUUACUUUGACCUUCAGUAAGAAAAUUGAGACAGUCGGUUAUCAUCUCCCUCAGCUGCUUCUCCCCUGCCCUCUAUAUUAAGCCAUGACUCCCAUGUCCAUAAGGUACUCUUUCUCCAUUUGUUUCAGAAGGCAAGCUGUUUGCCUUUCUUGUAGGUGUGGGCUCCUUUUUUUUCUCUUACUCUUCUGCUUUUGACAUUUAAAAUCACCCUUUCCUGAUGCUCAACCCUGCUUCUCUAUUGGGUUCUCUACACCAGCUAUGAAUAUGAUCAAGAUCCAACCCCUAAUCUCUCUCUCUCUCUCUCUCUCUCUCUCUCUCUCUCUCUCUCUCUCUCUCUCUCUCUCUCUCUCUCUCUCUCUCUCUCGUGUGUGUGUGUGUGUGUGUGUGUGUGUGUGAAAAUUCUAUAGGGAAAGGCUCAGGUGCUAUCAUCAUUUCCUAACUUUCCAUUCUUGUCUCUGCCUACCGAAGCUCCACUGACCCUGAGAUGAAAUUGCUUUUAAUAUUCUCAUCAGUGACUUUCUAUUUUCUUAGAUGCAGUGGAAACUUCUUUCCCUUCAUUUUUUGGCAUCCUUUACUGAAUCCAUGUGAUUCAACUGGCUUCUUCCUACUUGGUGAAAACCUCUUUUAUCAGCUCCCAAGUAUUUCACACACAGCCCUAAUUUUUCUAAGCUCUUUGUUCCUCAGUUACUUUAACCCAAGAUUUUUUUCCCUCAGGCUACUACUGUUCAUCUUCUUUCCAUAAUUUUUGAUGGUUUAAACAAUUGCCCCCAUUUGAUGAAAUCCGUAAUCCAGGCUUCUUAGCCAUCUCACAUGUUUUCCUGUAGCUGCUCCAUUUCUGCCUAUCAACAUUGGAUGUCACUCAACUCACCCUUAAUGGUGUGCAAGACCCAACCCCAUGCUUUCCCAAACCUGUUCUUCAAAAUGUUUCCUCUAAGCCAAUGGUAAUUCCAAACCUCAAUUAGUCAGUCCCCAACUUGGUGUUAUCUUUAACCUCUGUCUUUUACUUGUUUUCCUAUCCAGCCCACCAAAACAUCUUGUGCCUAGUACAAUAAAAAUAGCAGGAGUCUGAUCCCUUUGCUAGGUUCCAUAGGGUCUCUCAAUGUCUGUUCACAGGCUGCACUAAAAUGCUCACUUUUCUGGUAAGGCUAUCUAAAAGUGAGUGGGCUCCUUGAAAUCCAGAAAGCAAGACCACGGUCUUGUCCCCACACUCGCUUGGAGGCAAACAGAAGCAGGCAUUAUCUGCCCAAUUUAAAGACGGAAACUGAAGCACACUCGGUCCAAUUGAGAGAAGGAAAAACUGAGAGCCCCUUUGAACUUCUUCAGAGCUCUUCCUAAUUUUACCUCCGGAGGAGGCUGGUUUUCUGAGGCUUCAAUAAACCUCACCGUAAGCCCCCCAGGUAACCAUGGAUACUAUCAAGUUGGCACAAAAGCCUUCAGGUAAUAGAGAGUACAAGAGUGUUUUAGGAUGCCAGAGGACUUUUAGGAAAGAUGUGGGAAGGAGGGCCCUCCAUCUGAGAGCCCUUAACUGGGAAUAUUUCUGUUAAAGUGGGUGCCAACGCCCAGCAAAGCCCUUGAGAAGUGAUGGACUUAGUUUUGGGAUUAAGGUCUUGAUUAAAGCAGAAGGAAAUCCAUCUAAUCUGCUGCUUCUUUUUGGAGAGCGGGGAUUCUGGGGAGAAAUUAGAGGGGAAAAAUAAGGAUGCCCCCAGCAGUCCAGGCUAAAAAACAGCAAGGACUCUCUAGCUUGGAUCAAGGAAGAGAAGUUCAUAGCCCCCCAUACUUCUCCUCCAAUCCAUCCACUCCAGAACCUCAGUGGGUAGGAGAAAUCCACAAUUUGGCUGGAAUUUGUGCUUGUUUCUUCUCCGGAUCCCAAGAUCUCAUGCAGUUCUUCCCUCACCGAGGCACUAGUGAGAAGCCAGGUUGGGGCCUCCACUAUCUCCCAGAUAGGCGGCAAGCUGAGCCCCAAUUUUGCAGCACUGUGACUUUCCAGGUAGGUGGGUCCUGGAAGCCGGGACACAAAAAUGGUGGGUGUAGGCUCGGGUUAGGGAGGGGGCCUGCAGCCAGCCCCCAGGUUCGAACUCCAAACCUCUGCGGGGGGGGAGGAGGAAGGCGAGUUCUGGAACCGGGACUUGGGGGCGAGAGGCAGUGGCAGUUUGCAGGUCCUUUGACGUAGCCGAACACUCCCACUGCUUAAGAAGAGGCACGCUGGCAUCCAGGACGCGGAAGCUGAGGACAGUCACCUGCUAGGGAGCAGCCUGACUGCGUCCUCUCCGCGCACUCGAGGGAUCGCGGACAGUGCAGGUGAGCGCAGUGCGGCGCCCUACAGACCCACAGCAGAGGCGCGGAACAAGGAGGUGAGUGGGGGCGGAGUCCCUGACCCCGAGGCUUUGCCUGGGAAGAUGAAGCUGUGAGAGCAGGUGCCUGACCCAAACUCGCCAGCACUGGGGCUCUCAACCGGCUGCACAAGUGGACUCCUGAAUUAGGGAACCCACCUCUCUGAAACUCCUAAAGGGUCUUUAACAGCUAGAUGAGCUCAAGCCCCCGGAGUCCCAGAACAUGCUAACUUCAGCACACCGGACAGCAUCCCCUCUUCCAAAAACUUCACCUGGAGGCUACCAAAGCUGCAACACUUAAACAAACAAAACCUUUAGCGUCUCCAUAUGUCCGACUGCUGAGCAGAAAAGAAAGAGUCUGACUACUGGUGUUAUAGUUACUAAUUGGGAUAUGAAAGUAAGUAGUGUGCGUGUUGCUUUCUUUAUGAUGAAUUGCUCAACAUUUUGUAUAGUUGGAGAAUACCCGGGUAAACUUAAUUUGGGAGAAAUUAUGAUUUCUAUAGUCUCAAGGUUGUAAUUUCUCAUUGCGUUUGUUUGAAGUGACAACAAGUUAGAAGUGGCAUGUGGCUGUUCAGAUGACUUUAUUACAAUAGGCAUUGAGAGCUAGAAAAGUGGAGGGAUAGACAAACCAUUUUCCUUGAAAUCCUUGAGAUUCAUUGCAGGCAGAGAGAAAUUACAAAGCAUUUUCCUCAUUAAAGUCAUAUCAGGAUUGCAUAGCAUCUAGACUUGCAAAGUAUCUAUCAGUUUUACUUUGUCUUCCAGUUUCAAAAUACAUUUAUCCACAAGUUAAGCAUCGAUUGUGAAUUUAUUUGUAUUAUAAUGUUUUGUAAGUCUAACACCUUUUAAAAAUUAAAAGCUACUAUGAACACAGAAGCCUACAAGGACAAAAGAUAUAAAAUUGUUAACUGUAGUGUAGUUUUGUGUUUAAAAGGCUAGUCUUAAGAUAUAAAAAGUAAAGUCAUGUGGAAGAAUUUUGAUUUUCAUGUAGUAUUCUUUUAAGCUACAUUGCAGGGUAAACAGUUUCACUUAACCAUCUCACAAGGAACACAACUUGGGAAUUCUUAGCCUAGCUGUCUUGGUUGUGCACAACCUGGAUUGGGAAUGGAUCAUCUAGGGAGAACAAGGCUUGUGACUUGGGAAGAAGGUUGCAGGACCAUGGCUGAUCCUGGGAUGAGAAGAGGGAUCCACUGCCCCCUGAGUCUCGUCUGCUCCCUGCUCAUUAUGGGAAUGUGCUGUGUGUCUCCUUUGUUCUGUCACAGCCAGACAGACCUGCUGGCUCUUAACCAAGCUGAUCCUCAGUGCUGGGAGUCCUCCUCAAUGCUCCUCUUGGAAAUGCAGAAGCCUCGUGUUUCUAACACUGUCUCUGGCUUUUGGGACUUUAUGAUCUACCUGAAGUCUUCUGAGAACUUGAAGCAUGGGGCACUGUUUUGGGAUCUGGCCCAACUCUUCUGGGACAUCUAUGUAGACUGUGUCCUUUCCAGGAACCAUGGCUUAGGAAGGAGGGAAUUGGCUGGAGAGGGAAAGAAAGAAGAGAAAAGCUCAACAGUGAUGCAUUCGGGGAUUACACAAGGUGCAUAUUCUCAGCCCCUAAGAAGCCCUUUCUUAAAGAAGAAAGAGUUGAUUGAAGAUUUGAUAAGCUUGCACAUGCGCAGGCGGGGCCCUAGGUUCACUGGAAAAGUGAAGCUGCAAGUAAAGAGAAAAUAAAGCUACCUUCAAAGCCAACUCGAGCCUUGGAAUUAAAAAAAAAGUAUUUUCCUAUCAAUCAUUUAUGUAUUUUAAGUGAAGUAAAAGUCCACAGGCGAAUACCUUGUCAAGUUCUCUAAGAGUGCUUGUUUUCAGUUUCCUGAUUGUUAACCUGUCUCUUCAUACCCUGAUUCCUACCUGACUACCCCACUGUCUACAGUAACUAGAGAACUUCCAAAGAUGCCUUGGGGAUGAGGGCUUUGGCUCUUUAGAGUUAUUUGAUAAUUUGCCUUGGGAGGUCUGGCAUUGCUGCUGAACUGAGGGGCCACACAUUUAGCUUGCAUAAGCUACAUGCGUCACAAGUCAUUAGCGACAGCAUUGCUUAUGAAAUUGGUGUGGAAGGACUAUAUGCAUGGGUGGUAUUACUGAUGAUCUGUGAUUCUCAACCUUGUCUGAGAGAAUAGUUUUGAAUAUGGAAUAAAGAAGAAACCAUGGGGAAUAAAUAAAACAUUCACCUAAUGAAAACAAAAUUAAUAAAAGCCUGGGCUCCCAACUGGCAUUAUUGGAUUCUCUUUAGUUAAAUCUUUAAUAUUAGCACAAACCAUGUCCAAACUCUAAUAAGAUAGCAUAAUUAUCUUUCAAUUAUGUAUUUUCUGUUUGGUUAAAUAUUAAAGCACCAUAAGUGGUUAUAAUUUGCACUGAAAAGCAAAAUAAAAUGAAAGAGAAUGUGA